ACAAGAAGAAAGAGUUGAUAGAAAAGAAGAUGAGAUGGAAAGAGCUAAGGCGAAGAAACAAGAACAAUGGAUUGAUGGAAAAGAAGAGGAGAUGGCGACCUCGCUGGACAGAGAAGGAAAUGCACAAGAAGAAGAAAGAGAGUUGAAAGAGGGACCAAACCAUGAGCUCCAAAACCAGCUCCAUCAGUCCCAAAAAUCCACCCCUCCACUUUGUGCUGAACCGCUGAGUCAUGCUGGAGCAGAGACACCAACCGAAGCUUCCACAGAGGAGGAGAAAGGCUCGGGCGCUGCCAACAACCACAACGGGGACAUUUAUCCCACAUCACCGAGCAACCACAACGAGACGGAGGAAGCUGCCUCUUCAGCCAACACAAGUCUGCGCAAGUCUGCUAAUGCUCAUCCGGACUGGAGAGAGGUGGAAACGCAGGGUCUGGAGGAACAGGAGCGACUCCAAACGCCGUUGACAACAUCAUUUCCUGCUGCGGGACGUCAAGGUCAAACAGCGGCUGAACUCCAUACAGGUUGCAGGCUGGAGGAGAGAUUAUUGUUGAUGGACGCAGCUGCUGAGUCGUCAUUAAGUGCCGGACAAGGAAGCAAACCGCCCAGUCCAACCGAAAACUCAUCCAGCACAGGAAACCCUGUGAUGGAAGUGAAGGGGGACAAAAAGGACAAAGAGGGAGGAGGUCAAACCUCCAACAGUGUAAAUGGCGAGGCAGACACAGCGGAUGACAAGAAGAACGGCAGCCACCAGUCCUCAAAGUACAAAACUGUGUCCUACAGGAGGAUCCGCAGAGGAAACACCCGACAGAGGAUUGAUGAGUUUGAGGCCAUGAUGGACUUGUGAUUUAACCCCAGAUAUGGUCAGAGGGUUUGGUUCUAUUCACUUUUUUGUGAUCUUGGAUGGCGACCCCGAGUGGUAACAUAUAGGCAAAAGCAGUGGCCCCAGGAUAGAGCCUUGGGGUACACCAUAUUGAGUGUAAAAUUUUCUCCAAUUUUAUGAGUGAAAGGCAGUAAAUUAGUAAUACUCAAUUUAUAGCCUACGGCCCAGAACUGGGCACUGAUAG